AUAUCAAGGAGAAUAAUGGAGAAUGAAGAUUUCUUGAGAAGUACUGUUCAUGGAAGAGAAGAAAGACAUGAGGAGAAGAGAAAACAUGUUUCGUCUCACGAUGAUUCGCAUCAAGAACAAGACCAUAUAAUAAGAUCCAAGUUGGACUCAAUUAGAGUCGAAAUGGAGGAGGCUAAAGAGGAAAAUCGAAGGCUAAAGUCAUCAUUGAGUCGGACAAGAAAGGAUUUUGAGAUCCUGCAAACACAAUACAACCAAUUAAUGGUGCAACAUGAAGACUGGACAAAUAAGUUCUCACCGAAAGGCCAUCAUCAAGACAAAGAAGAAGAUGAAGACAAAGUAAACAUUAGCGAGCGCGAGGAACUUGUUUUGUUGAGCCUAGGUAGACGGUCAAAAUCACCGGUUCCAAGUGGCUCAAUGACGAAUCAAGACGAAAAGGGGAAAGGCUUAAUGGAUGAAACUGGUGAUGGCAAAAAAACUGAUGAACAUGAUGAAGGGUUAAGUAUGGGAUUUGAAUACAAGGAUUUGAGUAAUCCUAGUGAGAAGUUAGAGAUUGACCAUAGUCAAGAAAAGACGUCCUUGGAGGUUAAUAGCAGUAAUAAGAUCCCAUCAGAGAAUAGUUUCGGGUUUAAGAAUGAUGGAGAUGAUCAUGAAGAUGAAGAAGAGCUUUUACCUCAGAACCUUGUUAAGAAAACUAGGGUUUCUGUGAGAUCUAGAUGUGAGACACCUACGAUGAAUGAUGGAUGUCAAUGGAGGAAAUAUGGUCAGAAAAUAGCUAAAGGGAAUCCAUGUCCUCGAGCUUACUAUCGUUGUACCAUUGCACCUUCUUGUCCCGUAAGAAAACAGGUACAAAGAUGUUCAGAAGAUAUGUCUAUUCUUAUCUCAACUUACGAAGGAACACACAACCAUCCACUUCCCGCGUCAGCAACCCCCAUGGCAUCAGCCACUUCCGCCGCAGCCUCCAUGCUCAUCUCCGGAGCCUCCUCCUCCGGCGCAGCGGAUCUUCAUGGCCUUAACUUCUCUCUAUCCGGCAAUAGCAUCACUCCGAAACCCAAAUCACCGUUCCUCCAAACCUCUUCUUCUCCUUCUUCUACAGGCCAUCCCACCGUCACUCUAGACCUCACUGCCUCCUCCUCGUCGCAGCAAACGUUCUUAUCAAUGCUCAAUAGAUUCAGUGCUUCUCCUAGUAAUGUCCCAAGAUCUAAUAGUUAUCCUUCGACCAAUCUCAACUUCUCAAACAACACCAACACAUUGAUGAACUGGGGUAGUGAUAGUGGUAGUGGUACUCGCAAUGAGCAAUACCGUGCAGCUUUCGGCAACGUUGGCACCCAUCAGCAAUCACCUUACCGCUAUAUGAUUCAAACUCGAACCACCGGGUCAUCUUUUGACCCGUUUGGGAGAUCGUCUUCAUCUUCUACAAAUCCUACUCAUCAAGUGCAAUCUUUACCGGCGGAAACAAUCAAGGCGAUCACUACUGAUCCAAGUUUUCAAUCGGCUCUUGCGACUGCUCUAUCUUCCAUCAUAUAG